AUGUCAUCAUUACGGCAGAGCCCACUACCCACGCUACAAACUCUCUCUUCCUCCUUCACCGACCUUUCGAACAUUCUUCAACCUCUCCUAGUACACAACUACGAACAACUCAACUCCGCACUCCAAGCCAACUCUUCCACCACCCAAAACGCCUCCGAAGAUGAGCUCCAUGGCCGACUCGAUGCUGCACGAAUGCAAGUUUCUGUCGCAUACGUACUUAUGGAUCUCGUUUGGAUUCUGCUGAAAACAAAAGGUGUCGACCCGAUGAAUCAUCCAGUGAUGCAAGAGUUGGAAAGAGUCAAAAGCUAUUUCGGCAAGAUCAAGCGGGUGCAGGAUAAUGAGAAGGAACCUGCUGCCCAGGGCGAGAAGGGCACGAAGGUGGAUAGGAGUGCUGCAGGGAGGUUCAUUAGGGCUGCAUUGGCUGGUGAGCCUGGUUCUACGCCUGGGAAGCAUACGAAGUUCAACGAUGAAAGUGCUGAGAAGAAGGAUAAGCAGGUAGAGAAGAAGGAAGUAGAGCAGGCAGAGGCAGUGGCAACACCGUCAAAGAAGGAAGCAACUGCAGCAGGCACGGGCACCUCAUUGUCGAACAAGACGAAGCGACCAGCUAUGGAUCCGUUCGAGGGGUAUGACAAGCCAAAGACGCCAAAGACUGCUCCCGCCACACCAUCGAAAAAGACAAGCAUUGCGGCUUCUUCACCAAGCAAGAAGCAGAAGAAGAAGUCUCACAAGUGA